AUGGUUGGCCUGGGCCGCAUGGGUGGCAACAUGGCCCAGCGAUUGUUGCGGGGCGGCCACACGGUGGUAGCUUUUGACCAAAGUGCGGCGGCGUUGGCCGCCAACGUGUCGGAAGGCGCGGCCGGCGCAGAUUCCGUGGCCGAUCUGGUCGGGCGGCUGGCUCCGCCGCGGGCGGUAUGGCUCAUGCUGCCGGCCGGUGAAGUUACCGAGGCCUCAAUGGAGGAACUGGGCGGGUUGCUGGCGCCGGACGAUGCCAUCAUCGACGGAGGCAACGCCAACUACAAGGAAACCCUGCGCCGUGGCAAAACUUUGGCCGAGCGCGGUAUCCACCUGCUGGACGCUGGCACCAGCGGCGGAAUCUGGGGGCUGACCGAAGGCUAUUCGCUGAUGGUGGGCGGAGACCCGGACGUGUUCCGGCGGCUGGAACCCAUCUUUCAGGCCCUGGCUCCGGGGCCGGACCGGGGAUACUGCCGCGUUGGGCCCACCGGAGCCGGCCACUUCACCAAGAUGGUGCACAACGGCGUGGAAUAUGGCCUGAUGCAAGCCUACGCCGAGGGUUUCGAGUUGCUGCAAGCCAAGCAGGAUGACUUUGAUCUGGAUCUGCUGGCCAUCGGCAAAACCUGGCAGUACGGCAGUGUGGUGCGCUCGUGGUUACUGGAUAUGGCGGUGCGGGCGCUGGAGGAGGAUGGAGACCUGGAAAGCCUGGCGUCCUACGUGGAGGAUUCCGGUGAAGGGCGCUGGACGGUGAACGAAUCGGUGGAACUCGCGGUGCCAACUCCCGUAAUCACGGCGGCGUUAUACCAGCGAUUCCGUUCCCGACAAGAGCAACCGUUUAGCGGGCGUAUGCUGGCCGCACUGCGCAACCAGUUUGGAGGACACGCCGUCCGCAAUAUUGAGCCGUAA